CCAAUAUUGGGGCAACCACAGACUGCUUCUCACACCUGCUGGUGACGCUCUGGGACCCACUCACGAAAGGACACCGAAUGUUGCAUCCGUGGGCUGAAAUGUUCGCGCCUAGGCUGCUACGCUCUGAACAAGACCGUAAGCAUACGUCCUGCUCAAGACCGGUCCGACACACGCUGCGACAAGCCCGUCGAACGUUUCUUCCUGCAGGGGCUACUGGAGUCGUCGGAUGAGGUGAGGGAGUGGUUGAAAGUAGACGAUGUCCUAUUCGUUGGAGACGUUGGAGAAAGACACCCUCGGGCGAUAUUGCAAUGUCAGCGUUAACAAGGUGAGAUUUUUUUCCCGGCAGAUGGCUGAAUACCGAUGCGCCUCGCAGCAACAGGACUGAUGUCAAGUUUGUCGUGUGCUUGUCGUUGUAGACUCACUUGGCCGGGAUUCAUGAAAGUGUUACAUGAGGAUGCUGCUAGUUUCGUUGGAGUGGGCAACGCGUCCACAUUUGGAAGGCAGCGGUACUCGUGAACAUCAGAGAUAUCUUGCACCAUCGUUCGAACCUUGGGAGGGCUAUGGGAACUCGAGAAUCAGGGUCUCCUUGUGAACACAUUUUCUCAAGGUAGCAUAACUACUGAUGGCUCAUUGACCAGAUGCGGACCAUGUUGGGCUUGACAACAGCGGGGUCGAAGACCGACGGAAGAACCAGACAGGCCACACCAUUGUGUCUGCAAUGGGGCCCAGUAUAAAGGCAGGGGCAUAUAGGAUGGAAGAGGAGCACUACAUUGUAAAGCCUCUACACACCGCUUCACUAUCACACACUCACAACAAUGGUCAAAGUCGCAGUCGCAGGAGGCACCGGUGGUAUCGGCCUCCACAUCGUCGAGGCCAUCGUCGAGGCCGGCAACCACGAUGUCAUCGUCCUCUCCCGCCGCCCGAGCCACCCCGUCCUCGACAAACUCGGCGUGCCCAUCGUCGCCGUCUCGUACAACGACCCCGCCGCGCUCGUCAAGGCCCUCGAGGGCGUGCACACCGUCAUUUCGACCAUCGCCGGCCCCGGUGCGGACGCCUUCACGGACGCGCAGCUCGCACUGCUCGAUGCGGCCGUCAAAGCUGGCGUGACGCGCUUCGCGCCGAGCGAGUUCGCCGCGCGCUCGGCCGCCGACAAUCCCAUCGAGAUCUACCGAGCCAAGUGGCCCGUCACGGAGGCGGUGAAGAAGAGUGGGCUCGAGUACACGAUCUACGAGGUCGGCAUGUUCAUGAACUACCUCGCGAGCGGCACGCCGGGCCUCGGGCACCUGGACCCGCUCACGCUGAUAUUCGACGUCGAACACUGCAAGGCGACGCUCCCUGGUGACGGUUCUGCGUACUUUGUGCAGACGCGGGGGGAGGACAUCGGGAAGUUCGUCGCGGCGAGCUUGGACUUGGACAAGUGGCCCGAGUUCAGCCAGAUCAGGGGAGACAGGAGGAAGCUGAACGAGAUUGUGCAGCUGGCCGAGCAGGUCCGAGGCCAGAAAUUCGAUGUGACGUACUUAUCUGAGCAGCAACUACUGGAGACCAUCAAUUCGAGCAGCCCGGGAACGCUUAAACACCCCGACGAGAGGUUCGCUGCGCUUGACAUGGAGAAGAUCCUGGCCCAGUGGUUUCUGCAGACCUUGAGGAGCAACCCGUUGGGAUUUGAGGGCAAGAAUAUUAACGAGCUUCUCCCUCAGGUGCAGCCCGUGGGAGUCCCCGAGUUUCUGCAGCAGUGGUGGGGAAAGAAGUAGUAAACUAAACAUUCGCGUAGCCCUGUACAGUUUGCCUGCUGAGACCACCGGAACGUUCGUGAUACAAAUGACGAGAAAAUAACGAGAAGCACCUAUUUGCGUGUUGUAUCGCGACUGUGCGAUGCCGGUUUGAAUGCACCG